AAAUAAAAUUAAGACAGAACAGAAGAGACACGCAAACAUAUCCAUUCACGACGGUUCUUGCAGCAGCUUAUUUACCAGAAAGGAAAGAAGUCCGAAUUUUUUUUUUGUGUCUAAAGAGAGAAGGGUUAUUAAGUGAAGAGAGUUAGGUACUGUGUCAGGUGAAGAGAUACGAAGAUGGAUAACACAGAAGAACUUGUCUCCAUUGAGCUACCAGCUCCUGCUUCAUGGAAGAAACUGUUUUAUCCAAAAAGAACUGGUACUCCGAGAAAGACAGAGAUUGUGUUCGUGGCCCCAACGGGUGAAGAGAUCAGCUCGCGUAAGCAGUUGGAGCAGUACCUGAAAGCUCAUCCUGGCAACCCUGUCAUCUCUGAGUUUGAGUGGACGACUGGGGAAACUCCAAGGAGGUCUUCAAGGAUCAGCCAAAAGGUGAAGGCAACGACGCCUACUCCGGACAAAGAACCCCUCUUGAAGAAGAGACGAUCGUCUCUCACAAAGAAGGACAAUAAGGAGGCUGCUGAGAAGAACGAAGUGGCUGCUGCGAAGGACAACAUGGAUGUUGACAAGGAUGGACAGAAGGAAAACGCAGAGGGUGAGAAGGAGAAAGAGGCUGAGACGACUGAGACUGAGAAGGAGAACAAAGAGGGUAAAAAAACUGAGGCUGGGAAGGACGGUGAAAAGACUGAGGCUGAGACCAAAGAGGGAGAAGUUGUGGCGGACAAGAAAGAGGCUGUUGAAGUGGAUACCUCUGAGUUGGAGAAAAAGACUGAGGGUGGAGGUGGAGUUGAAGAACCUCCCAAAGUUGAAGGCCUCAAGGACACUGAAAUGAAAGAGGCUCAGAAAGUUGUUGCUGAGGAUGAUGGAGAGAAGAAGCCUGCAGAGGAAGAGACCGAGAAAAAAGGCAGCGCGACAACAGAAGCUAACGGAGAACAGAAUGUGACCCCAGGUGAGCCUAACCUUGAUGCAGAUGCUGAUGCAAAUAAGGGAAAAGAAUCCAAAGAAUCUGAUGAGAACAAGACAGAAGCUGAGGCCAAUAAGGAGAACGAAACCCUAGAAUCUGAUGUUAAGAAGACAGAAGCUGCAGCAAAUAAGGAGAACGAAACCCAAGAAUCUGAUGUUAAGAAGACAGAAGCUGCAGCAAAUAAGGAGAACGAAACCCAAGAAUCUGAUGUUAAGAAGACAGAAGCUGCAGCAAAUAAGGAGAACGAAACCCAAGAAUCUGAUGUUAAGAAGACAGAAGCUGCAGCAAAUAAGGAGAACGAAACCCAAGAAUCUGAUGUUAAGAAGACAGAAGCUGCAGCAAAUAAGGAGAACGAAACCCAAGAAUCUGAUGUUAAGAAGACAGAAGCUGCAGCAAAUAAGGAGAACGAAACCCAAGAAUCUGAUGUUAAGAAGACAGAAGCUGCAGCACAUAAGGAGAACGAAACCCAGGAAUCUGAUGUUAAGAAGACAGAAGCUGCAACAGCAACAGCAGUAGCAGAGGAGAAGAAGAACGACAUGAAGGCAGAAGACACAAACAGAAGCUUGGAGGCGAAUCAAGUUCAGCAGCAGGGCGCUGCAGCUUCCGUGAGCUGUUAAAACCUAUAUCGUUCUGCACAGAGCACAGAACGUGAAGAGUUUGUUGUGAUUUCAGAUGUAGCAUUAACAUUAUGAGUGGUUGUUGUAUGUGUCGGUAGAACUAAUGUCUCUAUGUAGUUCAGUUCAUUGUCAUUUGUACGUUUGUACUUUGUUGUAUUAUUAUUAAUGUUAGGCAUUUAGACUC